ACAAAGUAAAACUCCUUUUUAUAUUACAUAAACUCAUUCACAACUAAAACUAUCUUGAGCUAAUUCCAUGGCAAAACCAAACCUUCAUUUCUUGUCAUUUUUAUUCUUCUUUGCCACCUUGCUAGCCUUGUUCAGCUGCACAUUAUCACUGAUCAAUCCAGAAGAUGUUCCUAGUUGGCUUGCACUGGAAGAAACAGAAGAUGUCAACAUGGUGCAAACCCAAAGAGAUUCAUGGAAGAAAUGUGAUUUCUCAGUUGGAAAAUGGGUUUUUGAUCAAACCUACCCUCUCUAUGAUUCCAACUGUCCUUAUCUUACAUCUGCAGUUACUUGUCAAAAGAAUGGACGGCCAGAUUCUGAUUAUGAGAAAUGGAAGUGGAAGCCAUUAGGUUGUUCUAUCCCAAGAUUUGAUGCACUAAGGUAUCUUGGUAAAAUGAGAGGAAAGAGAAUAAUGCUGGUGGGGGAUUCUAUAAUAAGAAACCAAUGGGAAUCUCUUGUAUGUUUAGUUCAAGGAGUUAUUCCAACUGACAAAAAAAGAGUGACAUAUAAUGGUCCUUUAAUGUCUUUCCAUGCUAUGGAUUUUGAGACAUCAAUUGAGUUCUUCUGGGCACCAUUGUUGGUCGAACUCAAAAAAGAUUCCAAUAGUAAGAGAAUUUUACAUUUGGAUUUGAUCGAAGAGAAUGCAAGGUAUUGGAAAGGAGUCAAUAUUCUUGUAUUUGAUUCGGCUCAUUGGUGGACUCACUCUGGUCAAACAACCUCGUGGGAUUACUACAUGGAGGGAAAUAGUAUCGUCACAAACAUGAAUCCAAUGGUUGCAUACCAAAAAGGACUCACUACAUGGGCAAAGUGGGUGGAUCUAAACCUGGAUCCUCGAAAAACCCGAGUCGUUUUUAGAAGUAUGUCACCUAGACAUAACAGGCAAAAUGGUUGGAAAUGUUACAAUCAAAGAGAGCCAUUACAAUAUUUCAGCCAUUUACAUGUUCCGGCGCCAUUAGUAGUGCUAAAAGGAGUGUUGAAGAAAAUGAGGUUUCCGGUGUAUCUACAAGAUAUUACAACUAUGACAGCUUUUAGAAGAGAUGGACAUCCUUCAGUUUAUAGUAAGGCAAUAAGUGAAGUUGAGAGGAAGAAACAAAGCUCUGAUUGUAGCCAUUGGUGCCUCCCUGGUGUGCCUGAUAUUUGGAAUGAGAUGCUGACUGCAUGGCUGUAACUACAAACAUCUGCUACUUCUGAGUUUGUUUUAUUUUUAAAGAUUUAAAUAGUUAAAUCGUUAUCUUAAAUUUGCGAUUUUUUUUGUUUUUGUCUCUGUAAGUUUGCCUGUUUUUUUUGUUGAAUGUUAAGAACAAAUAUAUUUUUUUAA